GCUUGUAGUAUACUUGUGCUCUCUGCUCUAACUAUCGGGAUUUCGUGUCCUUUCUGCUCUCGGUUCGUUGUUCUGAAGCUUAAUGUAAUGCUGUGGCCUUUUUCAUCAUCCGAUUUUCAAUUUUGUGAGUUUAAAAUUCAAAGGGAACUGAGAUGAAGUCACCUUUAGUUAUUAGACUAUUUUAGUGCACAGUCGACUAAUAUAAGACUCACGACCAUGUUCCCUACAAAAGCAAAAACUCUGCACAGGCUGCUCCGGUUUAGACACACAGUUUGGUGCUCUCCAUUUGGAAAAGCAUCAUCCUCCAGACUGGUUUUGGGCAUCGAGACAAGCUGUGAUGAGACUGGAGCUGCUGUGCUGGAUGAGACAGGUGAAAUACUGGGGGAGUCUCUACAUUCACAGAAAGAUGUACAUCUGAGGACUGGUGGCAUCAUCCCCACAGUGGCACAGCAGCUCCACAGAGAAAACAUAGAGCGUGUGGUCCAGGAGGCUUUGGAGAGGAGCAACGUGGAUGUCAGCCAGCUCUCAGCUGUGGCCACAACUGUGAAGCCGGGCUUGGCCCUGAGCUUGGGCAUCGGCCUUGAGUUCAGUCAGAGGUUUGUGAGGCGGCACAGCAAGCCCUUCAUCCCCAUCCACCACAUGGAGGCCCACGCGCUGACCGUCAGGAUGCUUCAGCCUGUUUCCUUCCCCUUCCUGGUCCUCCUUGUGUCUGGUGGUCACUCACUUCUCGCUGUGGCUCGUGGAGUCGAUGACUUUCUUCUUUUGGGCCACUCUCUGGAUGAAGCUCCUGGGGAUACACUGGAUAAAGUGGCAAGACGUUUGUCCCUCAUAAAGCACCCGCGGUGCUCCAUGUUAAGUGGGGGACAAGCUAUAGAGCUUCUGGCGAAGGAUGGCGACUGGAAGAAGUUCCGUUUCAGGACACCUAUGGGACAAUCGUAUGACUGCUGCUUUUCUUUUUCUGGGCUGCGAAAUCAAGUUACAAUGGCGAUAAUGAAAAAAGAGGCAGAGGAAGGAAUAGAACAGGGGACGCUGUUAUCAUGUGUGAAUGACAUUGCAGCUGCUACACAGCACACGGUAGCCCGUCAUCUUGCAAAGCGCACACAUCGUGCCAUCUUGUUCUGUAAGGCAAAUGGCCUGCUGCCAUCAAGCAGUCCCACCUUGGUGUUGUCUGGAGGAGUUGCAAGCAAUCAGUAUAUCCGUAAAGCUUUGACCAUCAUCACUGACAUGACAGGACUACACCUGCUCUGUCCUCCAGCCAAAUUCUGCACCGACAACGGAGUGAUGAUCGCAUGGAACGGUGUUGAACGCCUGAGAGAAGGGAAAGGGAUACUGUCUCCAAAUGUGGACGUCUAUUAUGAGCCAAAGGCACCGCUGGGAGUUGACAUGACAGCAGAGGUGAAGGCAGCAGCCAUCAAGUUGCCGUCAGUCAGGAUGAAGAUCCUCAACUAACAGUUUUUUCUAUUCUGCGUUUUUUCACUCCUACAUUUUCCCAGUUCAGUGCAUAUACUGUGUAUAUGCUAUGUAUGCAUGAGCAUAUUAAACAGCUAUUUAUUAAUUAAUGUGUUUUCUCAGUUGAUUUCCUAAAAAUAUCCUUUAAAAAAAUACUUGAAAAUUGAAAAUCCAGCAAAGUGAAAAAUGUUUUGCUUUG